AUGCUUUUUGAUGAACCUGAUUUUGAUAGUGAUGAUGAUGAUGAUGAUGAAAUUAAAAGUAAAACAGUUCGACGAAAACAAAGAAAAAAAUUACAAAAACAAUUAGAAGAAAAAAGUAAACCAACGGUUGAAACAAUUGUUUUUCAAGAUCCGAAAAAGAAGAAAAAAAAGUUAAAUAAAUCUGAUACUUCAUCUUCAAUAUCUCAACAAAAGGAAAAUGUUGAAUUUGAUCUUGAAAAAGCUCGUUUUGAUGUACAUAAAUUUGGUAUUAAAGGUUUUGAAAAAAGUAAAUAUGAAGAUGCUCGUGUCACAUUAGCUGUUAGUUUAGGAGCCAAACCACCAAAACGAAAAUUUAUUAAUUAUCGUGAAUUAAUUGAACAAAAUCGAGCAAAAAGAGCCAAAGAAAAAGAAGAAGAAGAAAAUGCUCGUUUACUUGGGGAUAUAUUUCAUAAAAGUCCACAUACUAAACAGAAAUCAUAUCAACGAUCAAAACAAAAACGUAUUAAUGAAGGCGAUGUUGGUUCAAUGCGUUUUUCAUCUGUUGGAAAAUUUCAAGGAGGUGUUUUAAAAUUAACUGAUAGAGAUAUUUCAAAAGUUAAAAAUAAAGCAGAAUCUUCUCAUAAUAGAAAACGAUUAGGAAGAAAACGAUAA